AUGGUAGAAUUUUCGUUUGGCACAACAUUAGAUAGGCAACUACUGCCAACGAAAUUGCCACCAACAAAAGCUGGUAUCUUCUUGGAUCUUCGCGGGGAACCGAAUAGAGGACCCGGUAGCUACAAUAACCACGUGGUCAGCUCGUUUGUAUACGAGGCAGAUAAACACAUCACUAGUAAGAAGGGCUACUCAUUGGCUGCUCGUACUGGACCACGACUUGCGAUAAACUGCAAAGAGUUGCCGUCUCCGUCGCCAUGCUUGUAUCAGAAGGACCGCACCGAGGUUAUCAAGAGCCAGCCAGCGAAGAAACCCUUCCUGUCCGGAUCGUCGAGGUUUCCUUUGGUGCGCUCACAUUCACUGCCGGGGCCGGGAACGUACGAGCACGAAGUUAGGCAGAACCGUAGGCUGAGUUUCCAUGGAUCGUUCACAGGACAGCAGACUCUCAGAGCCACAGUCUUAAUCAAGUGUACCACCAACAACGACGAUAAGUGUGACGUCUGCAGAGCAAGGCCCGUGGGAGACUACUACUGCUACAGGAGAGAGGUCCUGUGUAGACAGUGCUUUGAAUUUCACUUGAGAUACGGAGAGAGAUACGCGGGGAGCCACCUGCAGGCAUUCAAGAAAGUACGCGACUGCCGCUUCAUGCACGAUCACCAGGGAACGUCGGCUGCUAUCAAACUACUCACAGCCCGUGAAUUGAAGAAGCAGAAUCUACGGGAGGCAUAUCUCAGUCUAUAUCACUGUUAA